AUGUUUAGAACUCCUUGCAAGAUUCCGGUGAUGAAAGGGAUUGACCAUAAGAGCUACGAGGGUAUUAACACCUUGAGAAUCCAUCCUUCGUCAACCUCUUGUAAAUGCUCCCGAGGCGCCGCGCAUCUAGUGUCGAGUAAACCAGCUGGUCCUAUGAUUAUUCAGCCUCUUCUAAGCCGACGCGCACGCCGUAACCGCAAGUCCCCUAUUCAGAGAGCUGCCUUUCAAGACACUAGUAUCUCUCCUGCAAAUUUCAUUUACCCGCUCUUCAUUCAUCAAGGUGAGGUAGACAUUCCGAUAAGAACAAUGCCAGGACGGUACAUCCUUGGCUGGAGACAGGGCCUCAUAAAAGAAGUUGCAAGAGCACGAGAUGCUGGUGUGAAUAGCAUAAUGUUGUAUCCUAAAGUUCCUGACGCAUUAAAGACUCCAACAGGGGAAGAGGCAUUCAAGGACAACGGUCUAGUACCUAGAACAGUUCGUCUUCUCAAGGACAGAUUCCCUGAACUCGUUAUCUAUACUGACGUGAAUUUCGACGAGUACUCUACCACUGGACAUGGUGGGAUCGUAAGAGAAGAUGGUGUGAUAUUGAAUGAUGAAACCAUUCACCAAUUGUGCAAACAAGCAGUUUCACAAGCUCGAGCUGGAGCAGAUGUAGUUUGUACUAGUGAGAUGUUGGAUGGUAGUGUAGGAGCGGUUCGUGCAGCUCUAGAUGCUGAGGGUUUUCAACAUGUUUCCCUCAUGUCUUACUCUGUAUACAAGUUCAUUGUACGGCCGUUUUCGCAAUGUGGAAUUGGACAAGAAAACAUAAACCCAGCAAAUUCAAGAGAGGCAUUGAUGGAAGCACGAGAAGACGAAGCUGAAGGAGCUGAUAUCCUAAUGGUGAAGCCAGCGCUCCCUUCUCUGGAUAUCAUACGUUCAUUGAAAGACCGAAUUAUGUUGCCCAUUGGGGCUUGCCAGGUUUCCGGCGAGUACUCCAUGAUCAAAGCUGCCGGACUUCUCAAGAUGAUCGAUGAGGAAAAGGUUAUGAUGGAGUCAUUGAUCUACUUACGUCGAGCUGGUGCUAAUCUCAUUCUAACCUACUUUGCUCUUCAUGCUGCUACGAUAUUAUGCGGCGAGAACACAAAACUUUUCUCCAACUAG